AUACAAACUGCCGCGACUGCGCGCAUUUUAUUUUGAAACAAUAAACAACGACAUAUAAUAUAUAAACAAAUUACAUCAUGUCACAAUAACAGCGCAAGCAAUUUAACUAAACAGCAAACCAAAUAUCGUAACUAAAACCAAAAACAAGCAAAAAAGAGCCAAAGAAACAGUGUAAAAUGACGCGCAACGCCUACGAUGUGCAACGGGACUUUGCGCUAAGCAGCGGUUUACGCAGUGAAAUUAUAUGGGACUCCUUGUCAGCUGAGCAAGCGGAUGUGCUAAAACAAAAAAUUGAGAAUUUAAUAUGCGAAACACCGCAAAGUAAUGCAAAACAGCUGGAAAAACAGCGAGAACAGUUAUACACAAAUGUUUGGCAACAGCGUAAAUACACAAAUGGCAAUUUGCUAUCAUCCAUAAUCUAUGUGCUGGUCUGCGCCGAAACCGAUGAAGAUGCAGCGUUGCAGAGCAAAGAUUACAGCUGUCAUCCCGUUAUACGCACGCGCAAAUGUUUGCAGAGCAAUAACAGCAACAAUAGCGAGGGCUGUUGCAUGGUAUUUGUGGAUGAACAUGCCCGUGUCUAUACCAGCUGGCAGCGCUAUCUAAAGAACAAUGCAUUGCCCAAAGGCAUGUUAAUUGCACCCAAAGGCGGCGUUUAUAAUGGCGACGAUGAUGUGCAGCUGACAGUUCAACCAACGCCAGCGUAUGGGCUUAAGCAGAAGAUUAUAAAAGCAGGCGAUGGUUUGGCCACGACAGCUGGACUGAUGGCCAGCGUACCCAUCGCUGCCAGCAUAGCGGUGCCAUUGGCGCCGCCUUUAUUGCUAGCAGCCAGCGUUGUGGGCGUGGGCAGCGCUGCUUAUAGCACAGUGCGUGCAGUGGGACGACUGCUAGAUAGACGCUGGCAUGCCCAGAGUACAUCCUUGCGUGAUGCUGAGGCACGCAGCAGCUGGCUAGGCGUGGCAGGCGGCGUCGUGAGCUUGGGCGCUAGCGGAGCUACCAAAAUUUUGAGCACUUCACCCAAUGCGGCCGCGCAGAUAGCAGUCAGGGGCAUGAAUGUGGGCAGCCUGGUCUUGAACGGCGGCAGCUUAGCCAAUGGCGUCUAUGAGCUCUACUUGAAAGUCAGCGAUGAACAGCUGUUGAGCAGCUAUGAUGUUCUACAAUUGGCCAACAGCUUGCUGCUCUUCACGCACUCCAUAAAUAAUCUGCGUUUAGCUAAUAAGAUGACCACUGGCGGCAGCAUGCGCCGUCUAGUGCGCCAGCACAGCCGCAAAGCUUACGAACGCAUUUCGCUAGCCUCACGCCGUGCGGAGAGCAGCUCCAAGUUCGAUAUUGUGCGCACACUCAAUGAUAUUCCUCUCAAGGAAACGCUGCUGGGCCUGCAUCAGCUACAUGGCCAACUGGCCCAAGGCGCUUCCGUGGUAGGUGCCCUUAGCGCCACCGGCUUGCUUCCCAACUUUUUACAACUUGGCGCUGGAGGAACACUGCAGCUUCAACUGGAUUCGCUGCUUCAACAAUUUGGACAGCAGUUUGUGCAACAAAUUGGACACUUUAGCAGCUUUCUGGAUAUUCUCGAGGCUAUGAUGCGUUAUUUUAGCGACAAAGCGUUGCAGCUGCUGCUCCAACUUGCACGUAGCUUUGUGGAGCAGCAGGUGGACACCAUUGAUCGUCAUCUACAUACUUUUGUUUCCACGGAGUUAGUCCUCUAUCGCUUGUUGAUGCACUGCGUCAAAAAUUAUGAGCACUGUGCUGUGGAAUUCUUGGAACAACGUCGCGAGGAAAUUUUAAAUGUUAUAACUAAUCAUUUUGCAGCGUUGCAAGCGGCGCCAUCUAGCGCACGUAAAUAUAAAUGUCCGGAAUGCAAAGGAUUUUAUACUAUAAGCAAUUUGUAACAUGUUUUUAAAUUUUGUACACUCAAUGUGAUUUAUUUAUGUGAUUUGCACUUUAACCA